AUGUUUGUUCAUCUUAUACUUAAUACUGAUACAAGUCAUUUUCAUGGCGGAUCCAUUACGUACAAGCCUUUGGAUAAUACAGCCAUCAAUAGCAGUGAAGUGUCAAUUAUCAUUACUCAAACAUAUUCUUAUACAUGGACAAAAGUCACCUGCACUAACAGUAUGAUAUUAAACCAAACGCAACUAUAUCUUGGUUCAUUAGGUGGUAAUGGAGAAUCGCUCAAUUGUUUAGCUAAUUGUAGUACAUCAGGAGGUUAUGUACCGAUUCCAGUAACGCCAUAUUGUACAGAUUAUUCUACAACGUUAAACUUGACAGUUGGUCAGCGUAUGGAUAUGGUGAAUAUAUCAGCAAAUUCCUAUUUUACAGUGGCAUUUAUAUCAAGUAAUUCAAAUAAAAACUGGAAUAUAGCUUGCACAAUAGAUUUACGUGUUCGACCAGACGGUUUCAUAAACACUCCACCGGUAGCGUCAAUGAUUUCUCCAAUUGCCGUUCCGGCCGGCAUCCGUCAAUAUAUUCCAGUACCAACUCUUGAUGCUGACAAUGAUUAUGUCCAAUGUAGAUUUUCGACAAAAUCACCAGUAGACCAAUGUGGCGAUGUAUGUGCAACCGCUGCGCUUCCGACGGGUACAAUAGUUUAUCCAAACUGCACUUUUGCCAUUACAGGUGUUACAAGUGGAGAUUUGUAUUCUGUAGCUAUUCAAGUAGAAGAUUUUUAUAAUAGUUCAACAAGCACACCCUUUAGUUCUGUCCCAGUCCAAUUUCUUAUUUCUGUUUACAGCAUUCCAAGCUGUGCGUUAAUUCCAACACUAACCAGUGCUGAUUUACCAGAUAGUUGUACGGCUGUUCAAGCUGGUCAACCAUAUAGUCUGCAGUUAUUUGCAAAAAACAAUUGUGGAAAUGGUACCACGAUUAAGGAUAUUGGAACAUUGUCUUUCCCAAUUGUGAGUAAAAGUGCAUUGAUAAUGAAUGCAACAGCUGAUACAUGGUAUGUGACACUAACCUGGACGCCAACAAUCCUUGAAAUAGGAGCACAAGUGUUGUGUGCUGUGGCUGUUGAUAGUAAGAAUGUUCAGUCCGAUCAAUAUUGUAUCACAUUUAUGGUUGUAGCGGCUGGAUCACCUCUUAACUGUCCAGGUGACACAACAAUAACAAGGUAA